GCUGCCCUCUGACAUGACCCUGUCACAUGAGAAGGGAACCAACACGCACUGUAAGCUGGACAAGCAGCUGACUUAAAGGUUAUGAGUCAAGAGGGAAAAUCUGCUGAUUGAGAAUGAACAUUUGUAAUCGAGAGGGGGGUCGCUGUGCAGAGAUGGCAAUGGUAUGCCUGACAGAUUUUGAGGAGUAUGCCAAGGAGCAUCUCUCAAAGGCUACCUGGGAUUAUUACGCAGCCGGAGCAGACGAAUGCUGCACCAGGGACGACAAUCUGCUGGCUUAUAAAAGGAUCCGUCUGAGGCCUCGUAUCUUACGGGACGUGUCGGUGAGCGACACACGGACCACCGUGCAGGGGACAGAAAUCAGUUUUCCAGUGGGCAUCGCACCGACGGCCUUCCACUGCCUGGCCUGGCAUGAGGGAGAGGUGGCCACAGCUCGGGCCACGGAGGCCCUGAACACCUGCUACAUCACCAGCACCUACUCCACCUGCUCGGUGGAGGAGAUCGUGGCAGCAGCACCGAACGGAUACCGCUGGUUCCAGCUGUACGUGUACCGGGACCGGAAGCUCUCAGAGCAGAUAGUGCACCGUGUCGAGGGGCUGGGAUACAAGGCCCUGGUCCUCACCGUCGAUGUGCCCUACACCGGAAAGCGCCGCAACGACAUCCGCAACCAGUUCAAACUACCGCCUCACCUCAAGGUCAAGAACUUUGAUGGAGUUUUCCAGCAGGAGACUGCAGGCCCAGAGGAUUAUGGGAUCCCAGCCAACACCUUGGACCCAUCUAUCAGCUGGAAAGACGUGUACUGGCUGCAGUCCAUCACCCGCCUGCCCAUUAUCAUCAAGGGCAUCCUGACCAAGGAGGACGCGGAGCUGGCCGUGGAACACGGCGUCCAGGGCAUCAUCGUGUCAAACCACGGAGGGAGACAGCUGGACGGAGGACCGGCCUCGAUCGACGCGCUGUCAGAGAUAGUGGACACGGUGCAGGGCAGGAUCGAGGUCUAUGUGGACGGAGGCAUCAGGACAGGAAGCGAUGUUUUGAAAGCACUAGCCUUGGGCGCCAAGUGUGUUUUCAUUGGCCGUCCAGCAGUGUGGGGCCUUGCGUACAAGGGAGAGGAGGGAGUGAGGGAGGUACUGCAAAUCCUGAAUGAUGAAUUCCGUCUGUCCAUGGCUCUAUCGGGCUGCAGGAACGUCGCUGAAAUCAACAGGAACCUGAUUCAGUUCGCCAAACUGUAACUGGCCAGCAGAGGGCAGCAGUGUGGACGAGGACGGCAGCCCCCCGAACAGGACUGAAUCAAACCAGAAGAAGUUGAGCCACAGACUGAAUCGUAUGAUGAACUGAGAGAUGUCCACCUCAAACCUUGUGUAUUUAUCAUUUGGGGAAGCUUCCAUCACUUGGAAAUGUCUUGUGUCUGACAUCCAACAUGUGUUCAGAGUGAAGUGAGAGUGUCUGGGGGAGGCUGAGCGUCAGUGGCAGAUUUAGCAAGUGAAUAAUGAAAGUGUGUUUGCGUUUGGAGGGGAUGGAGGCACUGGUCAUGAAAACGACAAAUUUCUUUGGUUUUAUUGUAAUGAGCACAACAUAUAAGGAUUUACGCUGUGGUUUGAAAAGCUGCCAGAUGGUUUUGUGCCAUAAUAAACACCUGCUGAGAGAA